CAUCGAGGCUGCUCUCAGUCUCAGCAUGGACCCGUGUGUUUCCAACCAGCGCCCUAUCCAUGGUCCGACCUCAAACACGGACUUCUACGUGAAAGAAAAUGGUUUUAUUUAACAGCGUCGUCUUCGCUACUUAUCGAGAAGAACGAGAGAAAGACUUUAAAGAGUUCCCGGAAGUUACCAAAGCGUAGUUGAAGGUGUAGAACACAAAAGACGGGACUAACCGCAGCGUCUGCAGUGAACGCUGCAACAAGAUAUCAGUGCCAUGAAGCUGAAUCCCCAACAGGCUCCACUAUAUGGAGAGUGUGUGUUGACUGUUCACCUGGAGGAAGAUGAUGUGUGUCGUGCUGAGGAUGAAGAAGAGAAGGUGGAGUUUUACCUUUUAUUCUCAGGAUCUACUCAAAGACAUCUGACCAGCACGCUGCGAGUCAGCCACGUCACCCUGCAGGCGGUGUGUCCAGCUCAUAAUGUGUGUGAGCAGGUCUUGGUGACGUUAUGUUGGGUUCAGCCUGAUGGAGCAGUGGACUCGCGCUCUCAGGAGACCUUCUGCUUCGUACAGGACUUGGCUCUCGACAUGGCCCACUUCCUGCUUGACAGCAUAGCUCCACAGGAAGCAUUACUAUUGGAUGAUGAGCAGGAGUGUGAGCGGUUGGACAAGAGUCUGGCUCUGGCCCUGAGACACCUGAGGACUCGACCCGGGAUUCACACACACAGUGGUAGGCACGGACACGACAAUGACACACAUGAUGAAACGAGCACAGAUGUGUCCACUGCAGAGCCUCCUCGCCAGCAGCUCUCAGGCCUGCUGCACCUGGCAGCCAGUCACGGUCUGCGCACGGUAGCAGCGUUCCUCCUGCAGCAGCCGGGGGCCCGCCGGGCUCUGAGGACCCCCAACGCCCGGGGGCUGACUGCAGCCUGUGUGGCGCAGAGCAGAGGGCACGAUCAGCUGCUGGAGCUCUUCACCCAGUUUGAGACGUCUUCAACUGUCCAAGUGGAACCAAAAGAGCGGCUGCACUUUUACCCAGGAGGCCGAGUGUUUCAGCAGCAUCUGAAUCUCGGUACCUACACCCUAACAUUCCCUGGAAGAGAGGAGGGGGCCGAGACACAGAGAAGUGAAGAGAGCUGCUUACAGGAGGAGGUGGAGGAGCUGAGGAGACGUAUCCGUCUUCACAGGGACAAAAAGGGAAGUGUCGCAGCGACACAUGUGGUUCCGCAGCCCUGCUCUAACGGCCUGUCCGUGGUUACCAUAGAGACCUGUAGCACAACAAAAGAAGAAGGGGGAAGUCCGCCGUCAUUGGAGCAAAGAGCACAGGGGGAGGACUCUGCCGCUGUCACUCACAUAUCCUGUACCAGUGCAAAGCUUUGUCAGGGGCAGGAAACCGGGGGAGAACAGAAGGGAGCCCCGGCUGCCAACUCUCCUGCAGGACGCUACAGGAAAAACAAAAAGAGAACUAGAAAAAACACCAGACACGCUGCAGAAUCUCCAGGAAAUAACAGAAGCACCCCAGAGGCCAAUAGAGGGAGCACACCGCAGCCUGCAACAGGAAGUACAACUGAGACCGAUGGACCUAUUUCACCCAGAGAACCAGUGGUGGCAUCAGCGAAAGUCGACACAAAAACAGAAGAGACUCCAUUACCCAUAAAGCCAGAGUCUGGACCAGGUGGAGAUAGGAAGUGUGCUGGCAGGAAAGCAGCGGCCUUGCCCACCAUCAACACCACCGUAGAAAAACAGGAAGCAGAGAAGUGGGAAGCUGAGCCAUUGAUAUGUGAGCGAGUUGUAGAGACAGGAGCACAGACAGAGCGGGGGGGCACUGGAUGUCUCCCAGCAGGACCGGCUGAAGUCAACCCUGAUCCGGAAUCAGCUGCAGUAACCAUGGGUCAGGAACAAUCGAAGGAUCCCCAGGAAAGCCUGUCAGACGCAGAGGAGCCGGGCCAACCUGACACUGUGAACAACAGUCCUCACAAUACCAACCCCAAGUCCCCCGACAUGGACAUAAAACCUCGGAGAGGGCUGUGGCGGGAUGGAGGCUGGAUGGGAAGCAGAGUGGGAUCCCCCCCUCAAGGACUAGACACCGUAGCACACACUGUCUGGUAUCAGGGUGAACACCUAGACCAGGGUGCUGAUGAAGACUGUAACAGAGAGGAAGUGAGAUCCCAGUCAGUUUGGUAUGACAGUGACACACCAGAUCAGAGCAAACACGAACAGCUGGAGCAGGGAAUGAGGGAGCAGGAAGAAUGUGAUUUGGGCUCGGCCCAAGCUUCUGGUCUUAGUUCUCCACAGCUGUUAGAUCAGGGACUUGCUUUUCAUCAACUGUCCUCAGCUCUUAGUCAGCCACAUGCUGCUGGAACACAGCCAGCACUAUCACAUGGGCCCCGGGCACAAAGACGGGAAGUGCACGGAUCACAGCCAGAGGAGGAAGUAGGGCCGGAGUGGAAGGAGGGAGGAGUGGAGGGGGGCGGAGAGGAGGUUAGUAACAGAGACACCAGUCACAGCAGAAAGAGUUCUGAAACGGCAGACAUCGAGGAGGGAGAAGAGAAGCAAGGGAGCGAAGAGAAAGGAGCAAAGGGCAGAAAAAAGAGGAGGAAGAAGAGGGGAAGGAGAGGAGGCGGGGAGGCCAAACUUAGCUCCAGCUCAAGCAUAGACUCUCUAAGUCAGAGAGAACAAGUGACAAACCUGAACACUCAGUCAGAGAAAGAGUCCAAGGAUAAAACAGGAAGCGGAGAGGACGCCAUGCAUCUACCCAGCCAGACAGCGUGCCAGACCAGGGCCACUCAUGUCCCCGACUGUGAUGCCACCAACUCAGACUGUACUGGUGCGACUCAGGAGUUUAUUCCCGCAGACAGGAAAACAGAUCAGACGGCUUCACAGACUCUAGAAACAGAAGGAUUAUCAGAGGAUGACAUCAUGGACGUUCACGGACCUGAUCACUUUAGCACGGAUUCUACUGUCACUGCUUCAGAGCUUAGUCAAACGGACAUCAAAAACGCAGAGGGAGAGGAAAUAACAAGUGUGCAACCAGUUGGAAAGGAAAUACUUGAGCCUACAGAGCUGGAAUCAAACGGGCUUGUUGGUCUGGUCCAACAAACGUUGGAUUAUGUGGAUAUAAAGGCAGCGUCCGAAAAUAAAGAUUUGACGGUUGACGGUAAAGAUGAAACAUCCGUGGAGCGGACAGUUUUGGUGGAAUCUAACUCUUUAAAGGAACUUACUGUCAAACGUUCAGUUCCUACAGAAUUCACAACGGAACUUGUGGAAUUUCCUGAACAGAAUUCACAGCAUGUAGAAACUGUUGCGUCAAACAAACUCGAACAGCCAGUGGAUCUCAUGGGAAGACCCUUCAUGGAAUCUGUGCGUCCUCCAGAAGCUGUUGGUGUGCCAUUUGAAGCUACAGCGGAUGUUUUACCACUUGAAAUAGGGGAAGGAAGUGCUGAGACAACUGUGAGGGGAAAUUUGGAGCAUUGUUUGGCCGCUGAGAUGCUGAGAGAUCAGCAGCACAGGGAGGAAAAUACCAACAAGUUGUGUGUGGGUGAAGAGGAAGCGAGUCAGGAAAGCAGUAGGAGUCAAGAAGAUGACGGCGGGACGGUUAAUGCCAAGGAGCUGUCUCACAUAGACAAAGAAAAAGAGCAGAACUACAAUGAAAACAUAGCAGCCACAGCAAUAGCAGUUGUAGCGGUAGCAAUAGCAUCAGCUAUGGCUAGCAUAGAGCUAAGCCAAAAGAUAGCAGAUGAUUUACUGAAGUUGAGGAACAAAGACGAAGAGACCUGUAAACUAGUAGAAGCUGAGACAGAGACGCAUUCAGACACUGAACCUACUGAUCAGUUCCCCUCUACAGAAGCUAAUGUUGAAGCAUCCCAGGACUGUGUGGUGUUGCAGUGUAGUGCUGAGACAGAGACGCCAGCAGCAGCACAGCUGGCUAGCAGGCAGCAGGCUAACCUUGACCUGUCAGCACUUGCAGACACUCCCAGUCUACCACAACUCGACAAAGAGGAAUUCCAAAGGGAGAGUACGCUUAACAAAGUCUUUACAUGUUCUCUACCCGAAGAGAACCUUCUGCUGCCCGUUGAUAUUAAACCUUUGCAGGAAAAGAUUAGCAACGAGGUAGACAUCCAAGGUCAUACGCAGAUAGAACUCCCCGGUUUUGUUCCAGAAAAGAAAGAUCCUUCCUGCCCUGAUUCUGAGGACAGUCUUGGAGAAAACCAGGAUCAGUCUAUCUGUCAGGAGGAGAGGGGUAUACGACAUCAGCUUUUAGAAUCCAUCACUGCCGAGGCUGAAUGCAGUCGUCCACACAGCCAAGCGAGUGAGGAAAGGGAGAAUGGUGAGCAAGCUUCCGGGGAAAUGUCAGAACCUGAGCUGGAUGGUCAGGUCCAGACAGCGUGUGAAGCAGACGUUCCCAUUUUGCCACUUCCUGUUACCCCCUGUAACUCAACUUCUAUGGCUGAUCCCGGUCCAGAGGAACUCCCUUCCCCUGUGCCAGUGGAAACAGACCAGUCAUCCCAGUCUUUAGAGGACCUGACCCUUCUCCCUGCCAUCCCUCUUGGUGCUGGCAGUGAUACGUUCCAGAGCGAAGGCCAUGAGAGUGUUGCUAUGAAUGUUGCUGAGGUUGGCGUGUUUGAGGGGAAGGACACUCUGGAUACAGUGGAUGGAUGGAAGGAGAGAGAAAAUAAGAAGACGAUGAGGAAAGACAUGGUCUCACUGGACGACACACCCUCGACAGUAGCCGAGGAAGAAGAAUGUCAGCAGAGCAGGAACGAACCAGACGACACACACACUCUGCAGAUCCAGAGGGAGAGAGAUGUGUUCUGCCCUGAACCCAGCACAGUGUCAACAUGCACAGACCUGCAUCCAGAAAAAGGGCAGCGCGUGUCGCAGUGUCUGCUGCAGAAAGACGAAGACGGUGGGAAAUUCAGUGCAGCAUUGGAUGACAGCAUUUUUAAAAGGCCUAAAGACCCUCCCCCCCGUGUUGGACACUGGGACAGAGGGAUGCGUGUCUCGCGGUCCUCCACACAUGAUGCCUUGACACAGGAUGCCUUCAGCCCCAGUGAGGGGGCUCUGUCAGGGGGCAGACCUGACGCCGUUGCCCCCCGCAGCUCCAGGCUGUCCUGGAAGUCAGAAACAGAGGACAGAGGAGGAGGAGGAAUGGUUGAAAAAGGACCAGAAGAAGAGGAAGAAGAGAAAAAGGACCAGCUCUCAGAAAGUCCAGUGUACUCUGCCAUCUCCAGAGCCUCCGCCCGCUCCGUGUCUCCGCUGAGACGCCACAGCUGGGAGCCGGCCCCGAACAACCCCCCCGCAGACAUGGACCUGACACAGCGCAGCUCCAUGAAGAGCCUCUCAGGGGAGAUGCAGAGAGCCAAGCCCCCCCUCCACAGGAGAAGUAUCAGUUGGUGUCCAUCCAACCUGCGUCGCCCUGAUCAGGAGCAAAUAGACAGCAGAAGCUACAGCCUGGAGGGUCUGGAGGGGGAGAGGGGAGUGCUGCCGGCUCAGUGCCCCCCCCUCAGUGAGCAGCAGGGGGGGGUUGCAGGGAGGAGUGUGAGAGUGGACCUGCAGGAGAGAAGAGGCUCCCUGCUGUCCCUCACUGAGGAGGAGCAGGAAGGAGAGCACACACACUGCCAGCCCUCCCAUCAGGCGCUGUCAGUGACCAACAGCUGUCCUGUCAUGUUCCCGCCACCAACCCUCACCAAAUCCAUCUCCAUGGUUACCAUCAGUCAGCGUGAGCUAGAUGGCGGGAGCUCCUUCUGCCCCAACUCCGGCUCACUGGAAUACAGUAUUUCAGAGGAUGAGCCGGGGCCCCUGCGCAGCGACAUUGAGGGGAAAGGAGGCCCUAAAAUCAGCCGCACAUUCAGCUACCUCCGCAGCAAGAUGAGCAAGAAAGGGAAGGAGAAGGAGAAGAAAGGAGAGAAGGAGCGGGAGAGUAAGGAGAAAGAGAAGAAGAGCACUAACGGUCACCUCUUCAUCCCCGUCAGUCCCUGUGCCCCCUCCUCCUGUCUGCACUGCUCCAAACCUCUGCACAGCAAAGACACCUUCCUGUGCAACAACUGUGGAGCCCAUGUCCAUAAGUGCUGCAGAGAGAGUCUGUCUGUCUGCACAAAGAGCAAAACAAAGCAGCCAUCCCCAGUGCCCGAAGCUGCUCCUGGGUCAGCUGUUAGCUUGAGGACUAAAUCUACAUCUUCAGCAUCAUCUAUAUCAUCUGCAUCCUCGUCUUCGUCACGGGAACGCUGGUCCACGGCAACCACUCCUGAUGACCAGCUCCCCGCGUUGUUUCCACGGAGACACAACAGCAUCUUCAACCCGCACAGCAACCUGUCCAAGAGCAUCUCCACCAGCAACAUAGCAGGGCUCGAUGUUGAGGUUCCACUGAAGGGCCUGAAGUCUCUGUCCCAGUCCACCGACUCGCUCCAUAAGGGGAGCAAAGUCAACGCCUCCACCGAGUCCCUCACUGAUGAAGGUACUGAGAUGAUGGACAGUCAGCUGAUGGGAGAAUUUGAGUGGGACGUCAAAGAUCUAGAAGCUGAUUCUUGGAGCGGAACGAUGGACAAGAAGUUCUUGAAAACGUUGAAGAAAGAUGAAAUCAAGAAACAAGACGUCAUCUAUGAGCUGUACCAGACAGAGUUCCACCAUGUGAGGACUCUGAGGAUCAUGUCGGAGGUGUACUACAAAGGCCUGCACAAGGACCUGCAGCUGGACAAUACAACUCUGGACAAGAUUUUCCCUGUUUUGGAUGACCUGUUGGAAACGCACACACAUUUCCUCACCCUGCUCCUGGAGAGGAAGAAGGCUUCGUCCACUGAGGGAGAGGGCAGCAGCAACUUCCUGAUCUGCAGCAUCGGGGAUGUGCUGCUCAACCAGUUUUCAGGCUGCAGCGCAGAUCGUAUGAAGAAAGUCUACGGGAAGUUCUGCAGUCGCCACAGUGAAGCGGUUAAUCUCUACAAAGACCUGCACGCCAAAGAUAAACGCUUCCAAGGCUUCAUCAAGAAAACGAUGAGCAGCAGCAUAGUGCGGAGGCUCAGUAUUCCAGAGUGUAUUCUGUUGAUCACUCAGAGGAUCACCAAGUACCCCGUCCUCAUCCAGAGGAUUCUGCAGCACACUAAAGACUCUGAUGAGGACCACAGCUGUGUGUGUGAAGCUCUGCGCUGUGUGAAGGAGCUCAUCACGGCUGUGGACAGCAAGGUGAACGAGCACGGCAAGAAGCAGAGGCUGAAGGAAGUCUACAGUCGCACUGACAGCAAGUCCAUCAUGAGGAUGAAGAGCGGCCAGAUGUUUGCCAGAGAGGACCUGAUGAGAGGCAGGAAGCUGCUGCAUGACGGAGCUCUGCAGCUGAAGAACACUGCAGGGAGACUCAAAGAUGUGCAGGCCAUGCUCCUGUCUGAUGUGUUGGUGUUUCUUCAGGAAAAAGACCAGAAAUAUGCCUUUGCCUCAUUGGACCAGCGCUCUACAGUCAUCUCGCUACAGAGUCUCAUCGUCAGAGAGGUGGCUAACGAGGAGCGGGGGCUCUUCCUCAUCACAGCUGGGAUAGAGAGGCCGGAGAUGGUGGAGGUGUUGGCCAGCAGCAAGGACGAGAGGAACACCUGGAGAGCAUUCAUACAGGACGCUAUGCACUGCAUGGAGAAAGACGAGGACGAGGGAGUCCCCAGUGAGACAGAGGAAGACAGGAAGCAGCAGGAGAACAGAGCAAAGGAGAUCAGAGAGCUCCUGCGCAGGAAAGACGAGCAGAUCAUCUCUCUGCUGGAGGAAAAGGUGCACAUCUUCAGAGACCUGGGUGACUGUAGCUCCGCCCCCGAUGGACACACACCGGUCAGGGAGCGCAUGUUAUUCAUGGCGACUCCUGAUGAUGUCACGAAGGGGGAGCCGAUCAUAAAGGACGCCCUGAGAGAAGUGGAGAGCCUGCACGCGGUGGUCAGCAGUGGGGUGGGGGGGGCAGGCUGCAGUGCUCCUGUCGGCCUGACAGGGGGCGCUGUGGGGCCGGUGUGUCUGCCCCGGAGAGCCGAGACCUUCGGGGGCUUCGACAGCCACCAGAUGAACAGCAGCAAGAAUGGAGAGAGAGAAGAGGGGGAUGAGUCUCUGGACCUCCGCAGGACUGAGUCAGACAGCGUGUUGAAGAAGGGAGCUACUGCCAGCCUACAGAUGAUGCUGAAGAGAAACAAUGAGCAGGUGCAGCACAGCGUGACGCAUCUCCACGACCUGCUGAUCUCACUCCAGGCUGUGGUGGUGCAGCAGGACUCCUUCAUCGAGGACCAGCGGCAGACCCUGAACGAGCGGCUGGUGGCCAAUUCCUCCAGACACUCGUCGUCUUCCUCCCUCUCCUCCUCUUCCUCCUCCCGGCCCUCCUCCCUCAUCGAGCAGGAGAAACACAGGAGUCUGGAGAGGCAGCGCCAGGAGGCGGCCACCCUGCAGAAACAGCAGGCUGCACACCAGGAAGAGAAGAGGAAGAGAGAGAAGGCCUGGGACAUGAAGGAGAGAUGUCUGGCAGAGCGAGAGGAGAGGCUGCAGGCGGAGGAGGAGCAGAGCAGGAAGAGGCACCAGGAGCUGGCCGAGGAGGCGGAGACGCUGCAGAGGAAGAAAGAGGAGUACCAGGGAGAGCUGGAGAGGCUGAGGGAGGCACAGAGGAGGCUGGAGAGAGACAAGGACGCUCUGAGGAGAGACACGGAGCGACUGGAGGCCCUGCAGAGAGAAGAGUCGGAGCAGCUUCAGAGUUACCAGCGGACCCCCUCCACCACCUCUGAAGACUCCAUGAGGUCCCACAGCACCUGGUCUCUGGAUCUAGAUUCAAAAGAAGCAGCAGAACAGCUUAAAGGGGUUGAGCUCUCAUCUUCGGUCCCCGCCAAAGAACCUUUCCUCCGCAUCGGAUCCAAGAGGAUGGGCAAACACUUCAACCCCUUCUCCUCCUCCUCGUCCUCCUCCUCUAAGCCCCAGGGAGCAGAGAAGGAGUCCCAGCUGCCCCGGCUGCUGCAGCUGACCAAACCUAAAGAGAAGAAAGACAAGAGGAAGAAGAAAGGCAAAGAAGAGCAGACUCCCACGGAAAGCAACGCUGCAGUGAUGUCAGACCCUCAGAAUGAUGGAGACAUCUUCUUCUGCUGAGAACCUGGACCACCAUGCACCUUCCUGAGGAGCCACACUGCAGGCCUCGCAACAAACAGGACGCCUUAUCCCUCUAUUUGGAUUUAAAAUGUCCGCCUGUCAGACACAAUGGACAGUCUGACUUACCUGCGUGUGUCCCAGGUAAAUAGAAGUUUUGGCCUCCUCCAGGGGACACCAGAGGACAUGAUGGUGAGCCGAUGACUGUCAUUCACAAGUGCCAACAAUUUCCCCGACAAGCUUCCAGCGGUUAGAGAUGUGACGCAAAGCCAUGGAUCAAUGUGAGGACACCAAUAGGAAAAUGUCAUGUGAUAGACCAAGUCACAUGGUGCCUUAAGGCUUUCAAAUGUAGCUUUAACAUGAACCAACCAUAGAGUGGUGCAGGGAUGACGUGUUUUUGUAGGCAGAAACGGAAGUUAGCAUCACAAGGGCUCCCUUGACAAAUAGCUAACGGUAAUUUUCCAUUGGAUUUUGGAUUAUUGCAGAAAAUAAGCUCUGUGGCAAACACACUUAAAUUUACAUGUUUUUUUUAGCAGAAUAAUCUCUACAUAUUAAUCUCACUUUACCACCACUUUUGAAGUGUAAAUGCAAUCACGAAAAGUCAAACAAGCUAACGUUAGGUUACCACCGCUAAGCUAAAGGCGGCUAACGUUCGACUUUAUGACGUUAAGUAGCCACUUGUUAGCAAACAUUGUGGUAUUUAAUGACAUAUUUCAUGUCGUAGAACAAAACGUGAAAAUAUCUUAAACUGGUGUUAAUCACAGACUUUAUUUCAGACUUCUUAACACGUUAAAAAAAAUGUUGACUUUGAGACAAAGUGCUAAGAUGCUAAUUUAUUUCCGUGUUUUAGGACUUAUUCCUGCACCGCUCUAUGGCUGCCAUUUCUUUCAAGUAUUGCUAAUGCUAACUCUGAAUGUUUGUGGUGCUAGCGGCUCCUCUGCUUCAGUGAAGCUGGCUGAACUUUUAGUCUAAAGUGUGAUUUGUGUGUCACCACAUUUGCUUUAACUCCAGUUUUAUCAGUCAAGCUGUCAGAUAUGAGGGAGUAACAGCCACCACACCACAUGGUGCACCAGCCUCAUUGCUCACUGUCCACACUGUGCAGAGGUCAGUGUGUCCACAGACAAUCAACCAAUGACAGGUCAGUCACAGAGGGACACACUCUGCUUAUAGUGCCUUACGUCUGAUAUCUAGAUAUAGAUAUAGUCUGCGAUGACUCAUGCUCAAAGUGUACGUUCUCAGAUAAUCACCUCCAAUAUGUAGACAUCACUCCUGUGGGAUAGGUGGUGUAUGAAUUUAGCUCCGUGUGAGCCCUGCAGAAGAAUCAGUGCUCAGCUUUAAUCGUCUCAGUGUGACAAUCACUUCAGCUCAACAGGAUCAGGAAUACAAAGAUUUUAACAUGCACUUUAUAUACAUGAGUAUUUUCUUCUGUCAUUUCCUAAUUAUUGAAUCAGAAUUGUUUAAGUAAUCUGGUACUUAUUACAGGGAAAAUGGGAAGCUCCUUGAAAGUCUGACAUCACAGUGUGUCAAUGUGUGUGUGUGUGAACGGGUGAAUGUUGGCUUGUGUUGUUAAGCGCUUUUCAAAUUAAACAUUUUAUUGUCUCUACGUCAAAGCCCUCAAAGUCCUUAAAGAUUAUUUUUUUUAAUUUUCCGCUCUAAAUGAGUAUCUCUCAGGACUUCAGGGGCUCCGUACUGUAUGUAUGCUUGCUUCUACAUUUCACGUAUUUUUGCAUGUCCAUUUAAUUGAAGUUAAUUAUUAAGAAGUGUACCAUUUGGACAUUGGUUUCCCUAUGAUUAGUAUGACACUGUUAUUUGUAGUAAAAACCCUACUAAAAGACUAUUUGGAGAAGACAGAAUUAUAAGCAUUACCCAUAAAAACAGCAUUACAAAUGUCUUCCUAUUGAAUAUAUGGACUUCUAUAGGACAUAUAUUGAGAUCAUAUGAAGAUAUCAUGUUAUCGUUUUUUAAACUUCUGCAUUCAGAAUGAAUUAUUCCAGACACAUUUGAAUGAAAAAAACAGCUAGAUGAGUUUGUAGUUUUGUAUUCUUUACACAUUUGAAGGGUGUUUGUCAUUGAAUAUUAGUUUCACUUGACGUUUUGUUCUUACUUUGGAGACAUCAGUUGAUAAAACAAAAUCCAUUGAGUAGCUCCUUGGUGAACUUUUGACCAAAUGGCGCAGUCAUCUUUGCAAGGGUUCCUUUAAAAGAAAGUCAAUGGGAUUUUUCCAUUGGAAUACUGCAGGAAAUGAGAUCUGUGGCAAACACGUUUACAAUACUUUAAUGCUUUUUCAGCAUGAUAAUCUCCACAUAGUAACACCACUUGAUGAUUAUUGAAGCGUAAAUGCAAUCGCCAGAAAUAAAAAGCUCAAGGUAGGCUAUAAAAUAACUCUGUCACAGUCACAUGACUUCACGCCACUUUCGCUAAGCUAAAGGUGGCUAAUUUUCGGCGGGAAUACUUUCAGUUGUAUUAUUUAGACACUUAAUACCAACAGACGUUUUUAUGAAACGUAAAAAGCUUCCGACAUUUUGAUAUUAGAAAUAACAAAAAUAUUUCACAGCCCUUCUUCUGUAAAAGUGUUCAAAUAAUAGACAAUCACCGGGUUUACCUUGACGUCAUGUAAGAACAAUAUUCAAACUCACUGUCACACCACUCAAUACCACUCUUUAAAGACAGACAGUUACUACCUGCUGGAAAUCAUACAGUAGACUGUCACGUAGUCACUGGAGACUUUAAACCACUUAUAAGCACAGACAGGCCUUAAUUAUCUGCAUUCAAGUCUCCUUUGAACUCCACAUUUUAGACGUGUUCCAAUAUAUGGGUGUUUUACAUUUGACUGGAAAGACAAUUCAUACAUGUAUUGGAUUAUAAGUGAAAUGAGGAUAAUAACAAAUAUUUUUUAAAGUUUCUUUUGCAAGAGCAGAUACUUUAAACCUCCAUAUAAUCCCUCUGCUUUGAACUUUUAAAACCAAGUAUAGCUCUCUUAAUUCCUACCCAGAAUCCUUCCUCUUAAUCCAAACAGUGUGUACAGCCCUGCAGGUGCUGAUAACACACCGACACACACUCCUCCACAAUAAUAUCUCGUAGCUUUACACCAAAUUGAUUUUCUCCUCCUAUUCUCUGCAGAGAAGCAUUUCAUAGGAAGCAGCAGACUGGAGAAUAAUAUUUCAUCCUGCUGCUGAGAGGAGCACAAUUCUCCUGAAACUGAGAGGCAGGAGCCCGUCUCACUUUCUUUCACUCUCUACUCACUGCAGUCCUCCUCUUCCUCUUCCUCCUCCUCCUCCUCCUCUUCGCUUCCUCUCCUGUAAUUUCCUUUCUCCCCUAUUCUCCUUCUUCUCUCCAUUCUCCCCCUCCUUCUCUCCCUUCUCCUCCUCUCCUCUAAUCCCCCCUCUCUCAGCAGUUGGUCUGCUUCUUUAGAAGCAAACACACAGUCAUGUUUCUUAAGAGACUUGUUCAAACUCAUGAAGAAAAUCCUGCAUUUCCCUAAAGAUUUACAUCAAAACCAGUCUCUUCAACAGCAAUUUAAUUAUACAGAAUCACACAGCUUCAAUAGGACCUCAUUGAGACAUGGUGUGUACUUGUGCACGAGCGUACAGAUCUGCUUCAAAAGAUAAAACGCAAACAUAUAUUUGAUAUGCAUUAACCAGUCAGAUCAAAAUGAUUGUCUGCCUAAAAAGAAAAACUAAAAGAAAGCGACAGACAUUGAACUAAAACAUAGCUUUCAAGCUAAAGCUAAUGCUUUUUUGUCGUGUCAUGCCAUGCCUUGGCCUGCUGAACUAGCUUUCAAGCAGACUCCACUGGAGAAAACUUGAUAUCAGUUUGAAGCAUAGAGAGCUCAGUAGCUAGCUAUGGCUUUAAAAUGUACCAGUUUAUAUUCUAAAUCAUGAAGACGUGUUUUCUUAAACGCUGCUGUCUGUCGUUAGCUUUUAAGCUAGCAGCAGCAUUUUGUGGGGUCUAGGCUAAAGGAGCAUUUCUGGUGGUUCUUUUUCCUAAUUUCAGUGAUACAAAUAUGAACAACCGUUACAUUUUAUAUGCAAAAAUGGCAGAUUUAGCCUUUGAGCAGUAGUUGACAUAUUGUGGGUGAAGAAUUCCCCCAAUUUAAAGAGAAAUGUCGAAGACGUUUUUUUAAACCCUGUUUAAUUUAUUUCAUUUCUCAUGCUUAAUGUGUUAGACCAGGAGGUGCCACAAGUCAUUCUAUGACUAUUGAAUGAUUAUGUUCUCCUACAGAAACAUGGUGUUUGUCACAUUUGUAGUAUUAGUGAUUUUUGUUAAUUAAACAACCUCAGAUGUCAGAAGCUUUAGAAAGACUAACAAGCACAUAAUCCCCAUCUAUUCCCCUUCUUAAAAAGUAAACACAGUGUUCAUUCAUUUACUAAAACUUCUAUCUUUUUCAUUUUGGUGAUGCUCUCUUAGCAUAGAUCACAGCACCAUGUGGUAGCAGCUAGAAUCCUGCUGUGAGGAGGAGAUUAGUUUAAACACCAAUAAACACUUAUCAUCCGGCGAAAUGACGUCCUUCAGGGUUUCAUCAUCUGUCAUUUUAAUGAGUGGAAAUGAGUUCAGUUGUGGGAUGUGGGGCUGUUGUUUCCCCUGUACAGUUAUACAGCUCAAUAAACAAUCUGUAGCCUUCGAUGCCUGAAACAAAAUAAGCUAAAUCACGGGAAAAAAACGUUUGAUCAGAGAGCUUAUGAGGCUGGGACGCCUGGUUCUCUCCUCCGCAGUGUCAUCAUUCAGCGUGCACUAGAAAAAACAUGUAUAUGGAAUUUUACAAACUCACAUUACAGUUUUUGCACUGUGAUCUUUUUGACAUGUAUUUGUACUAAAAACAAAAGGUACAAAGUGUAUUUUUUUUUCAAUUUAUGCACAAAUAUAAAAAAGGGCAAAGCAACACAUUUUGUAAAUAUGUUUUAUGUACAAAUUUGAACUUCCAAAGUACUGAUAACUGUGGAUUUUGUUUAGUUGAAUGAUGUUUUUUUUAAUUAAUAAUAAAGCUUUAUUUAUCUGUCCUCCCUGUACAGUAUUUUUUCUCAAUAAAUAACUAUGCUGUUUGUCAUGUGACA